GUGAAAGACCCCGGAUGCUCGUGCUGUUUCACGGGGGACACUUCUAGACCCGGAUUAGUCCUGGGUUAGACCAGAUUAAGACCUGGUUCAGGCCGGAUUCUGCAGAGGACUUCACCCCAAAACAUGAGCAGCGACGCCGUGUAUCCGCCGCCGUCUGCGCCCCCUGCUGGCAUGAACCUGCCUGGAUACGAAGGCAUCGGAGCAGGAGGGUAUCUUCCUCCUCCGGUGCCUCUGGAGCCCAUCGCCCCCCCCCAGCCUGGCCCCUCCCCCAACGACUGGACGAUCCCGUCGGUUUCGGAGGUCGAGGCUCAGGAGGCCUUCAAACGUUUCGCCUCAGGUCACUGCUGCUGGAACUCUGGUCCGGCCAAAGACGGAGUCAUCACCAACAUGCAGCACUUCAACACUUACAGAUAUCGUUUGGAGACCUUCACUGAGUCCAGGUCGACCGAAUGGGCCGAGAAACCCCACGAAGGUGAGGUGGCUGAUUUCUACACUCAGCCCGCCCCGCGACCCUGGGAGGUCGCGGCCACGCCCCCGAGUCACUUCAGCGACCACACGGAGAACAUCAGAGUGCCCUUUACUUCAUCUGUCAAGGAGUGCGUCACCUGCCGCGCCAUGGGGACGAUGCCCUGUGACACCUGCCACGGCGACGGACGGAAGCCGUGUUGGGUUUGUAACGGAGCCGGAACCAAAAACAACGAAAACUGUUCACACUGCAACGGCACCGGCACCGACAGGUGCGACAGGUGCGACGGCCGAGGGACCAAAGAUUGUGACGUCUGCAAAGGGAAGAGGCAGCUCCUCACCUACAUCAACCUCAAAGUGGAAUGGAAGACUCACACUGAUGAUCAUGUGGUGCAUCAGGAGUCUGGACUGGACCCGAGUGACCUGCAGAGCGUCCACGGAAAAGAACUGUUCAAGAACAACAACUACCUGCUCUAUCCUUUGGUUGGUUUUCCAAACCCGUCGAUUUCUGAGGCGUCAGAAAGACUGAUCCAAGAUCAUCAGAGCAAAUACAUCCAGAACUCCAGGAUCCUGCAGCAGAGGCAGACGGUGGAGCUGAUCCCGAUCUCCAAGGUCACGUACAAGUGGAAGGGCGACGCCCACCUGUUCUACGUCUACGGCAACGAGCGCCAGGUGAGCGCCGACUACCCCGCCACCUGCUGCUGCGCGGUCAUGUGACCUGUGACCCGCCUCCAGCCCCGCCCCCAGC